AAAGGCAGCCUGGGAAGUGAGGGCGCAUGCGCGGAAAGCCCUCUGCACGCGUGCGUCUCAAUCUCAUUCCUCUCUUCUCCUGCCUCAUUCACGAGUCUUUCCCCCCUUUGUUCUAUUCAGGAAGUGACCGGGUAGGAACUAAUCCGCUGCACAAGUGGCCCCACCACCUACCCUCCUUAUCCAUCUGAAUCAUCAGCCCCAUAUGUUCUCCCGGUUUAUCAGGCUUGUGUAGUUGGGGUACGGGACCCGAAACGACUUGGGGGGGGAGUGGCAAUGAGGGGUGCUAAUUGGCUGAGCACUAAAAUAUGGCUGGACAAAUAUCGGAAUCUGAUCAAAUCAAACAGUUCAAGGAAUUUCUUGGGACGUACAACAAACUGACAGAAACCUGCUUCCUGGAUUGUGUGAAAGAUUUCACUAGCCGAGAAGUCAAGCCGGAAGAGAUGACUUGUGCAGAACACUGCCUACAGAAGUAUUUAAAAAUGACCCAGAGGAUAUCUAUGAGAUUUCAGGAGUACCAUAUUCAGCAGAAUGAAGCAUUGGCUGCCAAAGCAGGACUUCUUGGCCAGCCUCGCUAGAAGGCAGAGGAUUGCCUAUGUAAAGGAGUACCAACAUUGAUUGCAUUGCACAUGAAAGUGCAUUGAUCACUACUGCAGCUGUGGCAACAUACAUCAGUUCGGAACAGAAGAGCUCAGAAAACGAACUAUGGAAACCAUCAGGAGCUACACUUGGAGUUGGCAGUGGGCAUGGAGCUGAUGGAGCCUGUCCCAAAAUUUGUCUUUUACUGUGCAGUGAAAUAAUGUUGAUGCCACCUUUUCUGGAGGCCUACAGACUGGUUCUGACAGUCACUAGGUUUAGAGAUGGGGAGGCAGCAAACAUUUUUUAUUUUUUGUUGUUUCUUAUACAAUGACUGUUAAUUUUAAAAACAUUCGUGUGUUGUCCAAAAAAUUAUAUCCAAAAGCGUCUAAAGCAAGGUUUAUUUUUUAUUUAAUCAAAGUAAAAUAAAUGGAAAUUACUGUU